CUGCAAAUCUCAUUCUACAAACCUCCCAACCAUCAAGAUGUCGAUCAUCCCCAGCAUCUUUGGCCGGCGAACCAACGUCUUUGAUCCCUUCUCCCUCGACGUAUGGGACCCAUUUCAAGGCUUCUCCUUUGACUCCUCUGUCUUCCCAUCUUGCUCCGAUUUCGCCAGAGAAACUUCUCAAUUCGCAAACACGCAGAUAGAUUGGAAGGAGACUCCGGAAGCCCACGUCUUCAAAGCUGAUCUGCCUGGUCUCAAGAAGGAGGAAGUGAAGGUAGAGGUUGAAGAAGGGAGAAUGCUCCAGAUCAGUGGCGAGAGGAGCAAAGAAAAUGAAGAGAAGAACGACACGUGGCACCGCGUUGAGAGGUCUAGUGGCAAGUUCGUGAGGCGAUUCAGGUUGCCGGAGAAUGCGAAGGUGGAGGGAGUGAAGGCAGCAAUGGAAAAUGGAGUCCUGACUGUAACAGUUCCGAAAGAGGAGGUGAAGAAGCCCGAUGUGAAAUCCAUUGAGAUCUCUGGUUGAGAAAAGGAGAAGGGCACAAUUGUAAAUAGCCUGAAGUCGGUCGAUGUUUUCUUGUGUAUGCCUUGUUAUGUAAGAAUAG